GAAAAUGUCGAACUUUCUCACCUCUGAUGUGGGACUCGGAUAUUUUUGUAUAACACUGCCGUGUGAUAUCAUCAGCUGCAUACGUUCUCUGCAAAUUACGUUUCGUGGGUUCAAUCAAUCUUCGAUCAAUCGCACCGCAUUAAAAAAUAAGAAAUUGCUCAAAAUAUAAGCUCAAAUGGAUUUCAGUGGUCAUCAAAGAUAGAGCCUCGAAUUAAAAUUAAUAUUUCGAAGUAUUUAUUUACUUCUCCUAAGAACAAUAUCAUCGACCAUCAAAGAAUUAUUUUUUUUUUUUUCAUCGUGCAUUGGCCAUAGACAUAUGAAGAUAUAGAUCGAUAUAUAGAUAUAUCGGGGGUCUGAUAUUCGAGGCGUUGAAAGCACUCGUCUGACAUCGAUUUAUUCCGGUAAGACUCGGUAGUAUUCGGUUCACAUUUCACAUGUACACACACCAUACCGUGAAUGUGUCAUAUUUUCAUAUAUUACGUCAGCGCACUUCACAUCGCGUGUUUUUAACCGACUUCGAAAAGGAGAAGGUUACUCAAUUCGACAUGUAUAUUUUUUUGAUUUUAUUUUUUUGAUUAAUCAAGAUGUCAAACGUCGUAUAACCUUCGUCGCUCAGAAGCGCAAAACGCUUAAAAGACAAAUAACGUAUAUUACAAAUAGUAUCAAAUAAAAUGUUAAAUAUAAAAUUUACUAUUGUAUAAUAAUUUAAAUAAGUAGUCUUCUUCAAAUUUAAUAUUUAGAACGCAAGAUUGUUUGAAUACUUGUAAAUUUCCUUGCAAUGUGAAAUCUAAUAUCUUCAUAUGUCUAUCUAUGGCAUUGGGUCAAAGGGGGGGCGCUGAUGGCCAAUGUGGGCUGUAAUUCAAAAGUUCUUAAUUGCAUUUCCUUCGUCAUAUUUAGUGGAACGUGGAUUCAGUGCGGUAACCAAUUUAUUAACAAAAAAAAAAGAAACCAAUUGCAAAUAAACAAUCGUGGUGAUUUAAGAUUACUGCUGGCGAAAAUAGAGCCGAGGAUUACUAAAUUGUUAGCAGCGCACCAGGUUCAUCCUUCUCAUUAAGAUGAUUUCCAAAGUUGUAAGUUUGUUUUGUAUUACAUUCUAUUCCGAAUUCAAUAAAUAGUUUCAUAAUUUCAAAGUUCAAUGUUUCUAAUUUACACCUUCCUUUACUAUAUUUUACGAAUAGGGUAGAAACAUUAAUACAUAUAUAUUUCGUAUUAAUUGUUAUUAAAAUUUAAAAAGAAUUAAUUUCCAGAGUGCGCUAAGCAAUAUUUUUUUCUGGAAAGGGGGCGGUAGGACAAAAAGGUUUGGGAACCACUGCGAUAGAUCGUUCGUCGGACAUUUGUUUCGACCUUCGAUGGAUCGUAUCGGCCAACUGCAGGUCAGUGGCCGCGUUUGCUUCAAUGGAGUGGAUCGCAAUACGUGGGGUUAUUGAAUUUCUAAAUCAGAUCUAUAAAGACUAAUAAGCCUAAUCUAAUAAGAUUUCAGUGGUUCUCCUGGACGCAGUCACCUUGAACAUUUUUUUUUUUCUUACUGUUCGACGCAAUUCUCUUCCUGAAUCUUUUCAACUGUGCCAAAUCCUCAGGCUUCGUCCUCGUUUUAGGGAAAAUGGGAGAGUCACAAAUGGGCCAAUCAAGAGAAUAGGAAGGAUCAUCUUCUCUAGAAUGAAGACGAAGCUCAGGGAACGGAUAUAAGUCACACUCGAGGAGAUCUAGGAUUAUGCUCGCGAAGGAAAUGUGUUUUAACUUGGAAGGCAUUAAAUAGUCAAGACGGUUAGAACUUCGAUAAAAGUAACAUAUGCAAGUCACAAUAAUUAUCGUUAUCGCUGUUCAAACAGAGUAAUAAAACUGGGACACAUUGGAGGAACGUCGUAAAUAAUAAAACAACGGAAUAACAGUGUGUUACAUAUUCGUUAAUUUUAAAGUGGUCCCAUAUCGAUUUAGGGAAAAAAUUUUUAUACUUUCAUAGAAUUUGGAUAUUUUGAAACGUUAUAGUGCAGUUAAACUUAAACUACUUUAAGGAAAAGAAUGGCCGCUAAAAUCUUGGGUUAGUUUAUCACUUUCUAUAGAGCAUUGUGUAAACUUUUUGAUUUACAAACGCGCAUAGUAAACGCGUAAGCGAGGUCUAAGAAUCUCGAGGCGAUAAACUCAUUGAUUAUUCGAAUCGGAGCGCCAUGUCGACGACGCUGUCGAUAUCGACGUCGGCCACAGCGCCAACGCAUGAAAAUGUGAAAGCUUCCUCCGUUCGUCUGACCUCUGACCUCAUGGAUGGCGAACAUGACUCGAGGGAAACUCUGAGAGUAGAAUGGUCAGAGAGCCAAGAAAUUCAAGAACGACCUCGCGUUUUGUCUGAAAUCUUGUACGACGAGUAUGAAACAGAAGGAGAACCGUCUAAAUGGAAGGAAUUCGCGAAAUCGACGGAUGAUCCUCGUCGCGUACAGUCCUUGUUCGAGAAGUGGCGAGGGUGGCAGGUUAAGUUCGCUCUAGCGAGGAUACAGAUUAAGCGUCAUUUCAUCUUCCACGUCUACGGCGUCCCGCGAGCCGCAACACUGUCUGGCUCGUCUUCCGAGUUCCUCGAAACGCGUCGACGCGUCCUCAGGUUGCGACACAUUCCCGACAGGCUUGUGUUCGCGCGAACGCCGCAGGCGAUCUGGAAACGAAACGUGUUCGAUCCUCUUCGGUCUCCAUCGAUGUAGAAGGCCACUGCGCGUGCCACGGUUAAGUCUAAGAGACGCCGGGGUAUGAAGAGAAAGGAACGAAAAGCUUCCCCGAAGACGGAGGUUGCGUCCGUUGCUGGCGAUGGUGCCACUGUCAUCAGUGGCGGCGAGGAAGCGGGGGACAUCAGGGACCGGAUGAUAAAGGACAUGCAGGAGCAGAUCCGGCUGGAGCUGUACAACGAGCAGCAGAAGGCGAAACUGGAGGAGGUGGAAGCUGCGGAUCGCGAGGCUCAGCUAGAAGAGACUCGAGAGAUUCUGCUUCGGCACUGGUCAGCGUACACAGAAAAUGAGCGUAUCUUGGAAGAAAAAGAGAAUUGGGAGAGAUACAUGACCUGCGACGGUCUACCAGAUCCUGGGUCGCUGUCCGACAUGAACACCUUUCUGUUUCUUUGGACAUUGGAGAAUGAGACUACGAGCAUGGACGUGAUGGCGGACAAAUGUCAUGUAAUCACUGACUUAUUAACCAAGCUCGAGAGGAUCAUUCGUUUCUCCACGAUCAUUUCGAGGCAGUAUGCGGCUGAAUGCGAACUGAUCGCCAGAGAGCUGCGUAAGAAGCUUCAGCUAUGGAUAGAUCACGCAUGCUACAGACUGCUGCGCCAUAUCGAAGCGAACAUGACAAGAGAGGACAUGAAGACGACCAGAUACGUUCGUGUGUCUACCAAACUAGUAUGCUGCGUUUGGGCGCCGAUAGCGCUGCCAGUUGGAAUGAAGCGACUUACAGACAAGGAGAGACAGCCAAUCGAGGUCCAAUUCGAAGAGAUGAAGCUGACGAUUAAAAUGCCAGCAGACGUGGACUGCCACUCCAUGGCGAUUCGUGGCCUCUGGCUGGCCUACGACCAUUACUCGGUCGAUACGAACUCCUACUGGAUUCCUGAGAUUCCUGAGGAACUCGUGGAGCUGUGGGACAGUACUCUCAGCCUCCUGGAGUUCUCCAAGAGAGACCACGAAGAGAAGCUUAGGAUACGAAAGGAGCAAGCUAAGGAACGAAGCUUGCGAUUGGAAGAGAAGAAGGCGAUACUAGAGAGGAUGGAGAACCCACCUGUCCCAGCUAGCGCUCAGAGAAGAGGCAAACGAGGCAGGAAACAAAAGAAACCGCAGUCGGCGAAAGGCGCGUUUCCUGCGUUCGAAGAAAAGCUGGCGACUUUUGUUCCUCCUGAGACGGAACUUCUGCCAUACUUGCCCACGCCUAACGAAAUCCUUCGGCAGAGGGAAGAGGAGUACCGACAAGAGGCUCGAAAGUUGCUGUUCACUAAAUGCGAAAAGACUGAAGUCAAUUUACGGAAAUACAGAAUCCUCGGAGGAGUGUUUCACGUGAACCUCAUCUACCAACCACCACAACCCAAGGACCUGGGCCAAGAGACUAGUCUGACAACUCUCGAGCUGCCCAAGGAACCAAAGUUCGUCCAAUUUUCGAGACCCUACGUCCCGCCACAGCCAGCGCCCGACUCUGAGAGGACGCCAGAAGUAAUCGAGGCGGAGAUGAAGGCUCUGGAAACCGCAAUGGAGGCGCUAGUCUUGAUUACUCUCGAGUUACCAGACACGGUUUUCUGGUUCGAGCCGCCAUUGGUCGCCCACUGGAUAACAGAGAAGAAUAUGUGGUCGACCAAGGACGUCCACGACAUCAAGUACAACGAGGAGAAGCAGACGAUCGCGUUCAGAAGCGGUAAAUUAGGCGUUCACGGAUUAGCCGCCUACAAGUUUGCGAAUCUGCCGUUCCAGAGCUGGGAACUGAAGCCUGAAAUGGGGAAGAGUGGCCGUCUCAAUGGCGGGGUGGUCUUGAGCAUCACUGGGGCUACGGUUCAGGCUGAAUUCAUAGUCAGAGAGGAUCGAGUCUGUUUGAACUCGCUCGUAGGUGGCUCGUCGAAGCCACUCGAAGGGAUACUCAAAGAAUUCAUCGAGCUGGAGUCCCUGAUCGAACGAAUGCAACAGGUCGGAUGCGACCUCUUUCCUGAGCGAGACGCCGCGAGCUAUUUGAAAGGACUGGCUACUAAGCAUCCGAUCGCGGAGAAACACUUGCAAGAGUGCAUGGCUUUGUUGUCUACCGCCUACACCUUCGCCUGGUCUCGAUGGAACGCGACGCGCAGCUUCUGGGAGAUCGUAUUGCAGUUCAAAGAGGUCCACGGCUGCGUUGCCAAAGAGCGAACGAGCAUAACGCUCCUAGUAACGCACUCGAGGACCAUGCGCAUACGCUGCACCGAGGUCAGCCCUGAGUUCUCAGACUUACCCCUUGAUGAUGAAGACAACAAGUUCUACGCAGACCUCUAUCACCUGGCGAUAAACACAGCAGGUAUCAAGACUCGACUCUUGAUAGAGCGAACAUCAUUCAAACUGAUGACGACGGUCGCGCGACUCUUACAGCGCACCAAUGUCAUUGGGAUGUCAUCUUAACAGCUACAUGAUCUUGAAUAUCGUGAAAUAAAAUAAAAUUAACUUCGAGUGAACAAUUAGUACGAACAUAAUGAAUGAAAGUAAAUACUGAAAGAGGACAAUAAAUUGGAAUGUUCGAUAAAAUAUGUGAAGAGCUAUCAUCUUUAAAUCACAGAAAUACGAUUGAAAGAAGGUGACCCAGUAAACCUUAGACCAGCGUUCCCCACCCUGUGUUCUGUGAAAAGCGAACGAACUAAUUACUCGAACUAUUAUUUGUGCCUCUUGAACUCCUCCAGCGCUGUACAUUUACUUAUCGAUCUCCCCGUUGUAUUGUUUAAUAUAUUCCUCACCAUUAAUGCUAGAAAACUGAAAGCUCUUCCAGUUUGAAUGGACCUCCCUCUCGUCGAGUCGAUAAUUUCAAUCAACCCUCCAACAUUAUAGGGACAUUCGAACAAUAUUCCGUUCUAGUUUUUCGAACCAAACAUUGACUAACAAAACACAGAAUUGCGUUCGCUUUAAAACAAAUCAGACCUAAGCUUUGAAAUUCAAAAAGUUCUUGUAUCGAUUUAAUUUCAAGAAAUACAUAUUCGAGGGAGUCAAGGUGUCAAAUGCUUUCUACUUUUUGUAUGAAAGAAUAUAUCACCUAUCUCUCUCUGAAAAAAAAAAAAUUGUCAUAGAACUUCCACAGAAAUAAACAAGCUCUCGCGCCUCCUCCCUCUCUCUUCUACUAAUGGAGGGUAACGAAGCGUACGCAGUGCGGUCUUUCCGAAACGAAAUUCCUUUUUAUUCGAAUACAUAACGUAUAUCGAGCGUCAAAGCGAUAUUCAGGAAAUAAUAAACGCCUCCGUUCGAUCUGCACCUGAACGCAAAACGAUAUCACGAAGGAAAACACACAGCGAUAUCGAGAUUACGGCUAAGCGGCAAAGAGUUUAAUUGAUGCGCUUCGACGGGGGUGGUGGUUUUUUGGGGGUGUGGGCUUCUCUUUUCCGGGGGCUCCCGGGGGUCGGGGGGGUAAACAGUGGGGAACACUACGACACGGAAACGAUACGACGUUUAAACCCGUAGCCGAACCGACAGAGCUGGCGCGCAUUACGUGCGCCACGCAUCUCUAUAAUAAAUGUUCAACGCUGUCUGCCAGCGUGGUUCGCUGCUUUUUUUUCCGGUUUUUGUUUUGGUAACAUCCAUGAGUACAUAGGUUAGUUAGUUGUUUGAUCUGUUUCUCUCGAUACGAUCGAUUUUUUUUUCUUUUUUAUGUAACGUACGUGUAUGCAAUACGAAGCUAAAAAAUAUACAGUGUUGCGCGCUGCGAGGACCGGACACGCGUGAGAGGCGUCCAGAUGGAUCGAUAGCUGAAAUUUUCACCUCUACCACUUCUUCCAUCCACCCCCUACCCUUCUUUUCGCUACUGCUAUUGGCUCCCCCAAAUUUGGCGUAAAAAUUCGUUUCUCUCCGGGUCCCGUUUCGCUCGAGCUGAUCCAUCGCGAGCGUCUCUCGCGCGUGUCCAGUGAGCGAAGAAUGCAUCACUUUGUAUCCGCUACAUUCUCUAACUACGUAUUUCCCUAUACAUAUUUUCUGCCGCCUUCAUCUCCACCGUUUGAUAUGCGUUCCAAGCCGCCUCGCUCUUCCUUCGUUUUUUUUUUUUCAUUGGUUAUUUCAUCGAGUUCCACGGGUCUCAGCGGCUUUCUGAUCUACCAGCCGAUCUACGAGCUUGCGGCGAUAUUUUGCAAGAGGUAUUCUUGGGCGAGGAUGUUUCUUUUUUCUUGCUUUGGAGUUGUCGGAGGUCGAGACAUUGAUUAAUGCGGGAGGUGUAAAGACAGCGAAAGAGUGAUGCAGGCUCCUUCCACUUGGAGUUGACCAAUCAAAGACAUCCUCGUCGCGGUUACAAAAAGCGUCGCCUAGAGGUAGGUACACUAUCUUGUUUCACAGACACGCAGCUAAAUAUCGAGUCACGCGUACACAGACGCUACUAGCAACUGGGCCAAUGGCUACUAUGGCCCAUCCCAUGGUCGGGGCCUGUAGCACUCUUCUAACACUAUAAUUCAUAAUUAUCCUCAAGAGGGAUUUUCUUUGAAGAGUUUAGCCAAUUAAAUGUUCCUUUGUAUUCCUGCAACUCCAAAGUGAGAACAAGUUAUUCGUAACAUAUUUUUGGUUUAGAAUAAGUUCUUUUUGAAUGCUUGUAAAAUAUCUCCAUAAGGUUGUAGAUUGCCUUGUACAGUAUGCGGGCGCGCGUUCUAACGACAAAACUCCGAGCGCGCUUCCACCAUUUCACUCU